GCAGUCACAGGGGUAGAGAAUGAUUUGACGUUUCGCGUGCGGCCGCCGACGAUGUUGUCAAACGGCAAAAAGUGACUGUCAUUCUCGCGCAUCACUCCGGUUUUUUGUUGAAGCAGAAAUUGCAAGCAGUAAACGACUAACCUCGUUGGAAUUAUUGUAAUCCGUUUAGCACCGUAGGAACCAUGUCCAUUCUAGCGUACAACGGCGGCUGUGUGGUGGCGAUGAAGGGCAAAAAUUGUGUUGCCAUUGCGACGGAUCAUCGCUUCGGUGUCCAGGCCCAGACGAUUGCGACCGACUUCGAGAAGGUCUUUGAAAUCAAUCCACACAUGUACCUCGGUCUGGUGGGUCUGCAGACGGACAUCCUGACGGUGCACCAGCGACUACUGUUCCGCAAAAAUCUGUACGAAGUCCGAGAGAACCGGGAGAUGACCCCCGAGCGCUUCGCCGCUAUGCUGUCCAACUUCCUGUACGAGAAGCGCUUCGGACCGUACUUCAUCGAGCCGGUCAUUGCCGGAUUGAAUCCAAAAACGUUCGAACCAUUCAUCUGCAACAUGGACCUGAUCGGAUGCCCCAAUAUGCCGAACGAUUUCGUGGUGGCCGGAACUUGCGCCGAGCAGCUGUACGGUAUGUGCGAAACCCUGUGGAAGCCGGAUCUGGAACCGGAGGGGCUGUUUGAGGUCAUCUCCCAAGCGUUGGUGAAUGCGUUCGAUCGGGAUGCCAUCUCCGGUUGGGGUGCGACCGUUUACAUCGUCGAGAAGGAGAAACUCACGGUGAAGAAACUGAAGACUAGGAUGGAUUAGGGAGGGAGAGCUAUUUUUCGGGGAAGGUGGACGGAAUUACAAUUGAAUGUAUGUUCUUUUUGUAUCGCAAGCAUUAUUCAAUAAAUUUAUUUCGAAAUU